AAGUAUGGAAAGUUUGGCUUGGUAAUUUUUUCUUUCGCUAAAUCUUAUUCCUUUUUAAAUGGACUACAGAAUUGAAAAAGGAUAAGUCAUGCAGAAGUAUCAGUUUUUCUUAUUCUAUAUUCGGAUAUUUUGUUUCUUUGGACAUGUGCAAAGUUUAGAUCAGAGCGGAGGUGUUAGUUUAACUAAUAUAUGGCAACAAAACGCUAAUACUAUGAAUCAGAUGUUGGGAGGUUUUUCUCCGUGCAAGAUGGAAUUUUCUGGUCCCAGUAGUCAAAUGAGUUAUGGAAACCAGUUUGGUAAUUUUAAGCCUGGUACCGUUGGAAAGAGAUCUGUUGAGAAGACAGAAAAUUGUCCUUGCCCAGGUGUUGACAGUAAAGGAUGUCCGACGUGUGUUUGUAGUACUUCGGGAGACGGACAGGUUGAAGGAUUGGUACAACCCAGCACAACCUCUGGCACUGUUCUUCCGUUAGCAGAAUUUAAACUAACCAAUCAAACCCGUUCUUUUAAAAAUUUCACCACCACAACAUUUCAAUCAACAAAAGAAACAUACCAAGAGAUGUCGACUGUUUCAACAACUUUUUCCGAAAAAUCCAAUGUCAACAGUUUUAUUAUCGCUACCAUGCCCAACAAGAAACUUCAAGGAAAACAAGAUGAUUUAACACAAGAAAAUAAGUUGAACGAUAACCAAAAUUUUCAGGACCAUUCGGAACAAACUAAAAACUCUACCGGAAGUACACGCGUCGUUCAUUUACCCUUAGACGACACUACCGUAUAUAUCGGAAUUGUCACUGGUUUAGCUACUGUUUUAUGUUUCGUAACAAUUACCUCGUUUGUUUUUCUUUAUAAAUGGCGGAAAGCAACUGAAAAUUUAAAACAUGAACAAAAUGAGUUAUAUUUUACUGAAAAGUCAUUCAGAAUAAGCAUGGAGAGGCAACAUGGUAAAAACCAAGACGAUGAACAUGAACAAGAAAGGUCUGUUUCAAUGUCUUCAAACUACCCUACUCCGCCAGCUUCAGAUAUUAGCUUGGACUCUGUAUUUACCGUUGAUCAAACCACUGAUGUGAAAUCUCCAAUUAACUCCCCUUCAUACGGGGAACAGCUUUCUGCGCCGCUGAUGUCGCCUGGGUCGAAUGUCUUCCUUUACCCUCCUGAAGCAUACCGCCACGAAUAUCUUGAAUUGAUGUGAACCCUCGUUAAGUUGUAGAACAUUGAAAACUAGUGCAUUAAUGUUUGACGAAUACAAUAUAUGAGUAUCACGAUACACGAAAGUUAAUUUCCAAAUAUCUACAUAUGUGAUGGUGAAGUGAAAUAAAACCGUGUUUUGUUUAUUUGUUCUAUGGGUAUAAAAUUAGAAAUAAAAUGUACAUAUUUAUGCCAUGAAGAUGUAUUAAAGUUCACGAAAAUGU